AUGGAUUUUAAGAGACCCCUAGCUGGGGUUUCCACGAUGUCCAUGGUACCAGUCCCUGCUAAAAAAGCUAAAAUGGACAGUGUUAACUUUCCUAUAGUUCCUGUGCAUCUAAAUAAAUCCAGUAUAAUACCUUCUGGAUUGGCCGGUAGCAUGCCCCGCACAUCAAGUUUAAUGUCCCCCAAUAUGCUACUUUCUGGUCACGAUAGUGAAGUCUAUUGUGCAAAGUUCUAUCCUAUUGAUGGCUCCUUUAUAGCGACAGCUGGUUUUGACCGACAAAUUAUGAUAUGGGAGACUUAUGGGGAAUGCCAGUGUAUAGCUUCAAUGCCAGGUCAUGGGGGCGCAAUUGUUGAUCUCCAUUUUUCUACAGACGGGGACACCCUUUACACUGCCAGCACAGAUAAAACGAUAGCAUUGUGGGAUAUGGAGUCCUGUCAACGAAUAAAAAAAAUUAGGGGGCAUACCAAUUUUGUAAAUGCAUGCCAUGUUGCUCGACGCGGGCCUCAAUUGAUAUGUUCCGGUUCAGAUGAUGGCACAAUCCGACUUUGGGAUCGCCGCAAAAGGACGCCCGCACAAACAUUUCAAAAUACCUAUCAGGUUUUAUCAGUAACUUUCAAUGACACAGCGGAAGUUAUUUUUUCUGGUGGCAUCGAUAAUAUCGUCAAGGGUUGGGACUUGCGAGCCGCUGACGUCUCCAUGAGGUUAGCUGGUCACACUGACACAGUUACUGGACUUUCCCUCAGUCCUGAUGGGUGCCAUUUACUGUCUAAUGCAAUGGACAACACACUAAGGUUGUGGGAUGUCCGGCCAUAUGCACCCACUGAGAGAUGUGUUCGAGUCUUCCAGGGUCACCAACACACUUUCGAGAAGAAUUUGUUGCGUUGUGCCUGGUCCCCGGACAAUAGACGAGUUACCUGUGGCAGUGGUGACCGCUACGUCUAUGUAUGGGAUGUUGCGUCCCAGCAACUGAUUUAUAAACUACCAGGCCAUUCUGCAUCCGUAAACGAAAUUGCAUUUCAUCCGGUCGAACCCAUACUCCUAUCAGCAGGGAGCGACAAGCGUGUUUUCUUGGGAGAAAUUGAGCGCUCCUAA